CUGCUGUCCAUUUCCCUCUAUUAUCAUCUAUCUCUCUUCUUCUCAUCUGCUUUUGUUGUAUUCAACUGGAACUUGGUCUUAGUCUUUGACAUCCAAUGUUCAAUUCAUUCGUUCUCUCCCUCUAAGUUCAUCCUUCUUUAUUGACUUUGACAUAACUUACGUUCUUUAAUCAACGUCUGCACCUUUCUUUUCUACACACUUUCGUUUUCAGAACCUUCAACAAGAUGCAAUUCACACAGCUCGUUGCGCUUGCUCUGGCGCUCGCUACCUCCGAGGCCGCUCACCAAGGCUUCAACUAUGGCAAUACCAAGUCCGAUGGCAGCGCCAAGUCCCAGUCUGACUUCCAGUCCGAAUUCUCGACAGCCAAGAACCUGGUGGGCACUUCCGGCUUCACCAGUGCCCGCUUGUACACCAUGAUUCAAGGAGGCACCGCCAACACCCCCAUUGCUGCUAUCCCUGCCGCCGUCGCCGAGGAAACCUCCCUUCUGCUUGGCCUGUGGGCUUCCGGUGGAAACUUCGCCAACGAAAUCGCUGCCCUCAAGACCGCCAUUGCCGAUUACGGAGAUGAUUUGGCCAACCUGGUCGUCGGUAUUUCUGUCGGCAGUGAGGAUCUGUACCGUAACUCGGUCGACGGGGUCAAGGCCAAUGCUGGCCUCGGCGCCAACCCGGAUGAGAUCGUCUCGUACAUCAACCAGGUCCGUUCCACCAUUGCCGGCACCAAGCUGAGCGGUGCCCCCAUCGGCCACGUCGAUACCUGGACCGCCUGGGUCAAUGGUUCCAACUCGGCUGUCAUUGAUGCCUGCGACUGGCUGGGUUUCGAUGGCUACCCGUACUUCCAGAACACCAUGGCCAACUCCAUCUCCGAUGCCAAGGCUCUGUUCGACGAAGCUGUGGCCAAGACCGAGGCUGUCGCCAAGGGCAAGGAGGUCUGGAUUACUGAGACUGGCUGGCCCGUCAGCGGCAAGACCGAGAACCUUGCCGUUGCCAACCUCGCCAACGCCAAGACCUACUGGGACGAGGUGGGAUGCCCCCUGUUCGGCAAGACGAACACCUGGUGGUACAUCCUGCAGGAUGCCAACCCGGUGACCCCCAACCCCAGCUUCGGUAUCGUCGGCAGCACUCUGAGCACCACUCCUCUCUUUGACCUGUCCUGCUCCGCUUCUUCCUCCGCUGCCGCUUCCUCCACCGCUGGCCCUCGGCCUCCUCCGUGGCCGUCGGCAAGGCCGCUGGUUUCGCUACCGCUGCCGCUUCCUCCGGCUCGGCUGGCUCUGCUAAGCCCACCUUCACCGUUGGCAAGGCACCCGGUGGCUCCUACAACGGGACCGGCUUUUGGAACUCUACCUCGUCGGCCCGUCCCUCUAGCAGCGCCAUCUCCGGUUCCUCUUCUGGCUCCUCUUCCUCUGGCUCUUCCGGCUCCUCUGGCUCCGGUGCCUCCGGUGCCUCCGGUGCCUCCGGCCAGUCCUCUUCCUCCACCGGCAGCUCCUCCUCUCCUUCGUCUUCUAACAUCCUCAGCAACGCUGCCAGCGGUCUCUCGGGCUCCAUCUUCGGCGCUGUCGUUGCAACCUGCCUCGCUCUCGCUGCCCUGUAAGCGCGAGGUCCAAUGACAGUUAGCGCUACCAAUUGUCCAGAUUUGUUCUCUUGAUGAAAGCACGUUCUACUGCGGCGCUAGUCUUUUUUCAUUCAUUUUUGCUGUAUACUAAAGACUCUCGUUCAGCCAAAUAGACCAAGAUAAUAGACCAACUAUAUUCAGUCUUGGACUAGUAACGGCAGCCUGGCAGUACUAUUGAUCCAACGUCGUCCAGGAAGUAGGGACAUCUGGAUGGUAGCUCCAUUAAUGACUCGCCUCAACCUUAGCUACGCACAUAGCACUGUAGUCAGUAUGAUCCGUAGAUUUUGUGAUUUAUUGUCUCCUUAGGUUUAGGUGAAAUACAAACUGCACUCUACGACAUCUUGAACAUUGUCCCC